AUGAGUUCGUUCCUGAUGAACCCGUCGACCGGCGGUGGUUACCACCACCAGCACCAGCAGCCGGUGGCACCACACAUGGUGGACGUGAUGGACCCGAAGUUUCCUCCGAACGAGGAGUACAGCCAGAACAACUACAUUCCGUCGAACGGCGCCGACUUCUUCGUCGGCGGUCACCACCUCAACCACCCCCAGUCGCACCAGCUGCAGUACGGUUACCACCAGCACCACCACCAGGCGGCGUCGACGCCCUACGGUGCCGCCUCGGCUGUUCAGCUGAACGGCGGCUACGCCGGCUACGGAGGCUACUACGCGCCCCAUCACCCUCAUCACCAACACCCCAUGCACCACGUGCCCCACCACGCGGUGGGAGCUCUGGCGAUGCCUCCGGAGGCUCAGCAACCUCCGCUUACCUGUCCGCCGUCGAUGCAGAAUCCGCAGCAGCAACAGCAGCCCGUGUCCUCCUCGACGGUUCUCGGCUCGACGGCCCUGUCGCCGUCGCUCAUGCAGAACCACGUCCCCCAGGACAAUCUUCAGGCUCACGGGCAGACGCAACAACAGCAGCAGCAGCAGCACGAGGGUAACGUUUGCAGUCCCGCGGGAUCGGGUUCCAUGCAUCGCGACAACUCGCCGGAGCUGCAGAACCAGCAACAGAAUCAGCAUCAGCAGCAGAGUCUACAGGCCACUGGUCAAACGCAGAAUCAGCAACAGCAUCAUCCGGAUGAUGGCUCGGAUCAGGAUGACUUGGAGGACGACCAGAUGAUGGACGGCUCGCCGGGGAUGGCCGAGGACGAGGAGGAGGACGAGGAGAACGGCGAUCGCGUCAUCUAUCCUUGGAUGAAGAAGAUACACGUUGCCGGAGUUGCGAACGGCUCGUACCAGCCGGGCAUGGAGCCGAAGCGCCAGCGCACGGCCUACACGAGGCACCAGAUCCUCGAGCUCGAGAAGGAGUUCCACUACAAUCGCUACCUGUCCCGUCGUCGUCGCAUCGAGAUCGCGCACACGCUCGUCCUGACCGAGCGCCAGAUCAAGAUCUGGUUCCAGAACCGUCGCAUGAAGUGGAAGAAGGACAACAAGCUGCCCAACACGAAGAACGUGCGCCGGAAAAACGCGAACGGCCAGGCGCAACCGGCCAAGUCCAGCAAGUCCUCGGCCAGGUCCUCGGCCAAGAGCAACAACAACAGCAGCCAGCGCAAGAACAACAACAACUCGCCCCAGAGCUGCAUGGAGAGCAGUCUCGACGGAAGCGUCAGCGGAGGCAUGCCGGCUCUCGGGGACGUGCACGACGUGAAACCGCCGGCGACCGACGCGUUCGGUGGUCUGGGCUCGCACAUGCCGCCGAACGGCUUCCAGGGUCACCCGGCCGCCGGCGGACAGCACCCGCUGGCGCACCUCCAGGCGCAGCUGAGCCACUGCCACCUCAACGGCAUGAUGGACCCGACGGCCGGCGGACCCGGCGGUAUGCACAUGGGCUCGGGUAGCAUCAGUCCUCUGGCGCCGGCGAGCACGAGUCCACCGGGGGUGUCGUCCAACAUACCUCCGGCGGCGAUAAAGUCCGACUACGGCCUCAUCGCGCUGUAACGACGGAAGCAUCCUUGGAACGAGGACGACUACGUCGUCGAGGAGAUCCUGGAGCGGAGCGAGGAGCCUACGGAUCGUCGUGGCCGUGAGAAGUAGGAAAUGUUUUCUCUUCUCCCGUUCUUUAUUUUUUUUAAAUCGUUGUUAUUUUUUUACUUUUUCUUCCUCCGAAUGGUGCGGUAGUAGCGUCGACUGAGAGAUGGACAGUUCUAAUGGCCGCGGAAAAUGCAGAUUUUUUCCAGAUGCGGUGCGCGCGCGUCGCGGAAUAAGUGCAUUAAUAAUGCCGUAGAGCUGCAGCGGCGGCUUAUCAGUGAAAUGUUUCUUGCGCGGCUCUUGCAUUAGCAUCAGCUGCCUCGGAACGAUUAAUCAAAAAAUAUCUCGCAACUUGGUCUAAAUUCGCCGAAGAUACUUUUUUUCAUGCUCGCCGGCAAGAUCGAGAGUCGUUAACCAAGCUUCUUUAGCGGUUUUAAUUAAUUGCGUUGGGAAAUUGGGUGCUCAUUGGCUUUGAGUACAAUCAAUUAAGGAAUUAAAAAAAAUUGUCUGGUACACGACUAAAUAAGGAAAACGCUCACUUCGAGACAACGAACUGUCCAUUUCUGACUACAACGCGCGUUCUCUCGUUUCCUUGUUUCUUUUUUUAAUGAUGACGGAGUAACCCAGUGACGUAACUGGUUAUGCGGAAUUUGCCAGUCAAUAAUCGUUAAUAUGUGCCAUUCGUCUAUAUCGCUGAUGUAAAAGAGGAAAGUGCGCGCAUUUUGAUUUGCAUUUCGUUCGUAGCGAGGCGGCUAAGGGAGGAACUUUACAUUAUGUAAUACAAUACAGUUACGAUGUUUCAUUAUCAUUAUUAUCUCUAUCGUGUAGAUUUUCAGAUGUUUUUUUUUUAUUAUUAUUAUUUCAGAAAAAUACGCUCUCUAUAAAGACUAAGUUUUGCGAUGAUUAUCCUAUUAAGUGAUGUACAUAUAAUAAUUAUGUUAAAACAAUGGUGUGUGUAUAUAAUUGUAAAGAGAUCGUUAACGCGCGGUGAAAUGAUGAAAAAAGUGCACUCGUUCACUCAUCGUCUAUCUUAAGUGUCUAAAAGUGUAAGGCAACAAGAAAGAGAGAGGCAUCGAUAACACAAAACACGAUUCUCUCUUUCUUACGUAAGCCGGUGUCACGAGCGAAAAAUCUGACACGGCUGAAGGUAUAGUUGCGACAGGUUGUAAUAAAAAAAGAAGAUUUCACAUUUAGCGCUGCCGCUUCUAUUAUACAUAUAUAAAAAACCAUAUUGAAAUAGCAAUAAGUGUAAAUCGCGUACGUAGAAUAUUAAGUGGAGUAUUCUAUCAUUGAAAUUGAAGUCGACUUAAGGUAGUUCACCGGAAUAUUUAUUUUCUUAGGAUAUCGCUCAAACUUUGUUUACAUGUUCAAUUAAGUGUCCUCUACAACGUGGUAUUUUUUUUUACCCCCCCCCCCCCCCAAGCGACAUUAUUUUCUGAGAUAUUGAACUUGAAAUUUUGUAUUUUAACAUGGGAAGCCUAUACCGAGUCCGAAUUUUGAGGACGUUUAGUUGAAUUGCGAAGCGAGUUUUCUUAGAAUAUUUUUUAAAAACUAGCUUAUGAUGUAAAAUAGCAAUACAAAUCAUGGAGAAAAAGUUGGAUCGGGCAAGCGAGGCUUUUUUUUAAGAUACAACAAUUCAAAGUUUUCAUCCCAUGCUAUCAGUAUAUCUAUAUAGGUGCGCAGUGUUCCUCUCCCUUACAAGUUUUGAGAGUAUUUUGUCUAAACAAUUUAUAUCGCCAUUCUAAUGUUUGAUACUAUGAAUUGUAAGGUUUUGACAUUAGAUAACACUGCAUAAUAUCUUAAAAAAGGAAUUUUCUAAUAAAAACCCUGAUUGAGCACCACUGUAGCCGGCGAACGACCUUGAGCUCUGUUACGUUGUUGUGUUCAGAAAUAUGUAUAUCAUAAGUAUGUAGCAAUAGGAAAAUUCAUAUACAUAGCACACGUAUGUUUCAAUUUGAUAAUCGAGGUGAAGUUUUAAUUCUAUACACUGUAUCUUUCGAUAACGCUCUGUAUGUAUAUCCCGUUUCACUUUCAUUAUAUUUAUUCGAAAUAUAUAUUGCCAUCUUCGACGUCUGUACUUUAACUGAAUGAAACCUUUUCGUAGUAUAAUUGUACCAUUUACAUUGCAUUAUUGAAAAGGUUCGUCGCCUCGAAAUUUCAUCUAACGCAUAAAACCCCUGUGUACAUACAUUAUACUAUAUACUUUACGAGAUGUAGACGUGUCUAUAUUUUUAACGCAAGCAAAAAAAGAACAAGUGGAAUGACAAAACACGAAAGACCAAUACGACUCGACGCGCGCGUGGGAAAAUAUUAGAUAGAAGCGCGAUACGAGGUAAAAAAGCACAUACCGAGAUAUACCAUUUGUAUAAGAGAGUAGAAAUCAAACGAUUCAUGCACAGAGUCGCUGUGACGAUAUACUAAAACAAUAUUAAUUAUACUGUACGAAAGUAGCAUUUAAGCGAACAAAAAUACUAAUAAAGGCACGUAAUUCUAAAAGUUCUUGUAUAAAACAGUCAAGCAAAGACGAAGGCGACGCUCGUGUAUGAGACUUAUUUGAAUUUGCAACGAAUACAGAACUCGACUAAAAAGGCGAGCGUCGCUUUAGUCUCCGUUGGCCGACGCUAAUUUUAGGCGAUUGAAUUAAAAGAACAAAAAAAGGUGUACGAGUAAGCAAGUCGUCGUAUAAGUGUGACAUUGUGUAUACUCCUUAUCUCUGUGUAUAUAAUACCCUGUAUAGUACCGACGAUGAUCUAUAAUUAUUACCGACCUACGCGAUAAUGCUUAUGUUUAUAUCGAUGAAACCGAUAAACACAUUAUGAAAUAAAUAAAGAGAGAAAAAUACAAACAAUGAAUAAUCAA